AAAGAUGUGUAUGCAAUGAUACAUGUAAAAACAUUUAUAAUACGUAUUACGUUAUGUGUCGCAUGAUAUUGUUUGUUGUAAUUCAUUCGAUUGUGUUUUUAAUAUGAAGAAUAGGUCGCCCUGGCGUUCAAAGUAAGAUAAAACCAAUAUUUUUCAAUUGAUGAAGGCAAAGGAUUCAAAUAUAUUAAAACAACUGACAUUGAGAGAUUUAAUUUAAAAAACAUCAUGUAAAGUGAAAUGUCGAUUUUAAAUAAUCAUGCACCUACUUAAUGCUCUGGAAAUACCAAUGAUGUAUGUUGUUCUUUUUAUUCAUGCACAACGCGAUAAGAAAUUCUUUCGAAAUGACUACACAUAUUUAGAAGAAACUGAUAGUUUUUACAAAGUACACAAAAUUCGUAAGACCUGGCAAGAUGCGAAAUCUGUGUGUGACAUGGAAGGAGCUACGUUCUUUUAUCCUCAAGACGAAAAAGAAGCUAAUGUUGUAUUAGAAUUUUGGAAAAAAACACAAAAUCUUAAUUACUUUUACAUUGGAGUUGCAGACCUGGUGGUUGAGGGUGUUUUUGUAACUACUGACGGUAUUGCUAUAGAUGACGUAUACAGCAAAUGGCGUGACGGUGAACCCAACAACGUCAAUGGUCAAGAACACUGCGUGAAUCUCAUGACUGAUGGCACUCUGAACGACAACAAAUGCGACGAGAAAUUAUCUUUUAUUUGCAAGAAGAAGCGUAGCAUGAUAAAGUGGAACCAGUUCUGUAAUAUUCCUGCCAUUGGUUACAAUUACAGUGAGACUGUUGGCAAUUGUUACAAACUCCAUUUAAUACCUCGCACUUGGACGGACGCGUUCAUUAUAUGUAAUGCAGAGCAUUCAUAUUUAGCAAUCGUAGACAGUAACGCUGAAGCAGAAUAUCUGAAACAGUUGUUUCUUAAUGCCCCCAAGAAUAACAUCGUAGGCGACUAUCUAAGAGACGAAGUUUUAUUGGGUUUUCAUAACAGAAAUGGAGACGGAUGGAAAACAGUCAAAGGAACUGCUUUGGAAAAUAGUGCUUACUCUAAAUGGGGCUACCAGCAACCUGACGGUGGUGACGACGAGGAGUGUGGGUCCAUGUUCAUGUUCUGUAACGCAACAUUGAAUGACGUCAGCUGCUCAAAAAAAGGGCUCUUCAUAUGCGAGCACGACGUACCUGACCAGCGUCGGUUAUUUAAAAAAAUAUUCUCGGGGAAGAAAUCGUCAAUUUUUAAUGUGUUUUCUUGAAGUUAUUCAAACGGGAUUAGUGAGUAUUGUUUUCACCAGCAACAUUACCUAAAGAACACAAAAGUACUGUUAAUAAAAAGUAUUUAUGACAAAGUAGGUAACAAGAAUACAAACCAUAAGACUUAUCAAUAUUUCUAUACAUUUUAAAUAAACUUUUUGUAAUCAUUGGC